AUGCCGCCGGCGCCCGCCAGGCCCCUGGGCCAGCCGCCGCCGCCGCUGUGGGAGCCGGCCUCGACGGAGCCGCGCGAGCCGUGGCGCGGGGCCGUGGCCUGCCUCGGCGUGGCCGUCUUCUUCGCCCUGACCAUCGGCGUGGUGUCGUGGCAGGCGGCGGAGACGCCGCGGCGGGCCUGGCUGCUGCGGGGCCCCGCGGCCGGCCUGGCCUGGGAGCGCCGCGCCGGCGCCCUGCUGCUGCUGCGCCGCGGGGCCGGGCGCCCGCUGGCCGCCGUGGCCCCGGCCGCCGGCGCCGCCGCCGGGCUGCCGCCGCCCCUCGACCGCUGCCGCCCCGACGGCAGCCGCUUCUGCGGCGCCUGGGACGAGGCGGCCGAACUGCACGUGUCCCUCGAGGAGGAGGAGGAGGAGGCGCCCGGCGCCGCCGAGUGCUACGGCCUCGCCUGGACCCCGCUGCGGCCCGGCGCCGUGCUGAAGGAUUGCUUCUCCAUGGCGAAUGUCUCCUGGUACGGUGGCGCCGGCGUCCGCGCCCCACGCUGGCUGCUGAACGAUGUGGAUGCCGAGCCACAGCCCUUCGUUAUCAGCGACUUCAGCCGAAACCCUGGUGGCUACGGGCCCGUGCUGGAGGGAUACUUUUUGGGAUCGACAGGUGUGACAGUGAUGGUGGCGCCCGACAUGCCCCUCUUCCUCUCGGUGGAGAGCAACAGGCACUUCUGCCUCGAGAGCCCCCCCGGCAGCCCCGUGCCAGCCCUGCGCUACCGGCUGUGUGCCAGCGCGGACGUCGCCGCGGCCCACCGGCACGCGGGCAGCCGGCUCACCCUGCGGCCCCGGCGCCCGCCCCACGCAGCCCUGCUGGGGUUGCCCAUCUGGCAGUACCACGGCCCCGGGGGCUCGGCCACUAAAAUCAAGCGGGGCCUGAGAGCCUUCUCCAACCGACUGCAGCGGCACCGUCUCAAGGAAGGACUCUUGGCCCUGGGCGAGCGCUGCACUGCCGCCCUUGCUGACACGGACCAACAGAGUGUGCUCAUGGAGGGAAGGAAGCGACGCAGUGCAAAACAUGCCUGGGACCUUUCCAUGAUCAAGCCCAUGAAGCUCUCCAUAACUUUGUCCCCAUACACCAGCAUCGCCUCGCCACUGUUCCUGAGGUCCCUGCAGAACGACACGUUGAGCUACUGGCUGAGCUUGCGCUUGCACCCCGAGGGCUCGGUCCCGCUGCUCACCCAUUGGAAAGGGCAGCUUUCCACCCGCCUCAACACGACCAGUGAGGCUGCGGUGAGUUGGUUCCUGGCACGAGCCAGGCACUUGCAGCAGGUGCUGGGCGCCGAACACGCAGUGCUUGAAGGUGCCGAAGGCAACGCCUACUUUGAGCAGGGUGUCCAGCCGCCCACCGAGCUGGAGGGUGAUCACUACGCUGGGGCACUCGCCGCCAUGGCCGUGGCACUGGGCAAUGCCACCAUCAUCACUGCUGGCGCCAGGUCGAGUCACCUGCCGCUCUUUGUGCGGAUGAGCCCGCUGCGCUCAGACUGGAGCCACGCCGGCUUGAAGGGGCUCAUCCCUGCCGCGCUGCACUACAGCCUCCUGGGCUACAACUUCUUCCUCCCCGACGCAGUAGGAGGGACCCUGGCCAGCGAGCUACCGGUAGACCAAGAGCUGUACGUGCGGUGGCUGCAGAUCGUGACGUUCCUGCCUGUGAUGUCCUUCAGCACACCGCCGUGGGCCUGCUGUGACGCCUGGGUUCUGAAUCUCACUAGGCAAUGCAUCCGGAGGCACCGGGACUUUGUUGCUCCGCUCAUCAUAAAAUACAGCCAGGACUGGGUGGCGUGGGGAUAUCCCAUCUUCCGGCCCGUGUGGUGGCUCAGUCCCAUGGAUCCAGCUGCCUUCACGAUAGAGGAUGAAUUCCUCAUUGGAGAUGAGGUCCUGGUUGCCCCGAUAACUGAAAAAGGGCAAACGUGGAGGGACAUCUACCUGCCAGGAGGAGGGUGCCUGUGGAUGGACACCAACACGGCCCAGGUGUUUGAUGGAGGAACUGUCCUCAGGAAUUACUCUGCCAGCCUUACAGAGGUGCCGGUUUUUAUAAAGACCUCCUAG